ACAUCAAGUGACACCCCACCUGCCGUCGCGCCUCAGGCCUCCCUCUAGGCAGAGAGGACUGCAAGUGCCACAAAAAGCACCUACCUGUGGGGGGAUAUACUGAGCCUCUCCCCGAAGCAUCUCACGCUUCUGCAUGUUGCGGCUCACUUCUACAUUCAGUGCCCGGUUUAUAUGGAGUUGUCUCCCCAACCGUUGCUACCGCUGCAGCCUCCCUCAACAGCACCUGGAAAUUUGGCUUGUCAUUCCACCCGAACCUGCAUUUUCCCGCCCGCUUCGGCACUUGGCCCGCAGCCUUGCCCUCUGGUUCUCUUGAACCAUUAUUUUCUUCCUUUCGGAGCCUGCCACGAUCGUCUGUACUCCCGACUGGCCCUUGGUUCAUUACGGUUGCUUGAGAUACUGGAUCGGGCUGUUGUGCAACACCAAGCUGGACGGACUGAAAAGCGCGAUCAGAACCCCCUAUUCCGUCCCAUGAACCUCUCCUAGCUGCUCAGGCUUCACUCCAUGUGGAGGUUUGGCCCUACACGAGGGCUUUAGUCCCCAUCAUACAUUAUAUCGACAUCUUACAUCACAGCUCCGCACAUACUUGGCAACGUCGAGAAGAGGAAGUAGUCCUGGUUUGUGUAAAUCUUGAGCCCAUAUCGUCCAGACAAUGACUGUCGCAGCGAUGGGGCAGAGACCACCACAUGUUCCUGAGUUUGGUUUUUUUACGUUGGGUGAGGACCUAGUGAAUAACCCGGAGGCAAUUGUUAUACCUGCGGUGGACGUUGCGAAGCCUGUUGAAAGUGUUGCAAGGCACACGGAGAUCAGCUCCAACGGAGCCAAGGGUAGAAGCGGUCCUACCAAAACCCAAGUCUCGGCUGCUCAGGAAGUCAAGAGUACGAACAGUCAAGCGACCAAGGCUGAGACAAAGCCUGUGAAAGCAGCUGGUUCAAAGCCGAAGGAUGCGACCGAGGAAGACAAAAAGAACGCCGGGGCCACGGUAGACUCUCAGAGUCAAGAAGAUAGUGUGGACUACGGCGAUCAGUGGACAUGGAGCGAAAAGGACCAAGAUUACAUCCGUACCGAUGAAAACGGCAAAACACUCCAUUACACCAACUUCCAGAAACCCCCCGACCCAGAUGCUCCAUCACCAUCCAGUCCAACAAAACCCGGAUUACCAGCUGGAAGUAGACAGAACUCGGCCGGACCCGAGGCCGCAACCAAACACAAAUGGGAGCAGCCCUUAGACCCUCGCUUCCAGGUAGUCAGCAAACCCAAACGCUUCUUCGCCGUAGGCCGCAUCUUCAAAGUCCCCUGGUUCGAACCUCUCGGCUCCACGGACCCUUCCCCCUAUGACCCGUUCCCUUCAGCCCACCCCCCGAACCUCGAGUACUCUACGAAGUGCCCCGAAUUCCACGGUGAGAAACCGCUGGCCAAAUACCGCUGGUUCGUCGUCGUCCGGCGCCGCCUCCACCACUCACUCUGCUUCUCCAUCACCACAUACGCAGGAGCCAACAAGUCGGCCACCAACAAGACAUGCAGAGGUCGGGAUGUAGACUUUGUGGUCUUGCACAACAGCAAUGUCGUACCUGCGAAGCCGUACGAAGAGGAGAACAUCACCCGGAAGCCCAUCGGGGUGAUAAUCGAGGAUCAGGAGACGUAUAUCAGCCCCGUUGCGAGAUUGGAUUGCGGGAGGUUGUACACUGUCGAGGACCACCUCAGGGUGAUGAAGGUGGGGAGGGUGCACCCGGGCAGCUUGACGGCGUUGGAGGACUAUUUCAAGGAUAGUGUUUUCUAGCUAAAGGGGAUAAGUGUGCGUUGCUGAAGGGUGGUGGGAUAUGUUGGAAGAUUUUUUUUUUUUUUUUUGGAUAUAAAUCGGGAUCCGAUUUUGGAAAUGGCGAUGGUUUAACCUACCGCCCGACACAAGGCAUGCCAAAAUUUAACCAGCUUCAUUUUUGCCUUUGCCUCGCUCCGCUCGACGUGGUCUUCAGCCCUGAGAGAAAAAGGGAGGCAGAAAAAAGCCAAACAGAGAGCAAAACGCUGAAAAUCACAAACACUGUGUGGCGAGGGGCCAGGAGUCGAAUGCACUAACCGCUGGACUACCGCAUCACGGAAACACGUUCGAGAAAGCUGAUUGAUAAAACCGUGGUCUUGUUGUGGUCUGGCUGUGUUCUAUGGUUGUGGCUCCUCUAGUAUGGUGGAAAAAGGGGGACGGG